AUGGUUGGGUUUUUGCGCAAGAAAAAAUCAGACCGCGCUGUGCUCUCAGGCGACACUGUUUUAGAUCGCAAAGGCAAAGUAGACAGCGCCAGCUUGUUAGACGGCGAUGGAGAGCCCACUGAAGGCUCGCUCUUUGACGUGAAUGGCAAGCGCGUGAGCCACAACCAGCGCAACUCGGACGAGGAGAAUCGCUCUAAACCUGUGAACAACGCCAGCUUUCCGCCAGUAAUGGCCACGGGCUUACAUGAACAAUGCGCUACCAGUAUUCAUGGUCCGAUUGCUCGUACACUGCUUUCACUGGACGGCGAUUGUAAUGAUGCAUGUCAUAGUUGA